AUGGACGGAUUAAGCCUUAGCGAAGAAAAUAGGGCGAGACUGAAGAUCUUAGGUUACAUACACGCUGUCGAGCCGGUAUCACACACUCAAACGCAUAAAAAUCAAGGACGGGAGGAAAUCCAGUCACAGAUUGAUAUACGGAAGGCGGUCAGCAAACUCGCGACGCUAUCACCAGAGCAGAGUCGCCACGAUGCCAUUCUAGAAGUGCUUGGAGACCUCCUCCGGCAAUCUCAAGAAAUGCAAUCUGAACUUGGACAAACAGUCAUUGGGAGCCCUCUACCUGGCUUUCUGGAAUCCGACGAAUCCGGGGCGCGGCAGUGUCUUGUUGAGGCAAUCACGUCGGUUGCGUUGCAGAGCCAACAGACCGAGGGACUCAUAGCAGAAGCUGGCCUGGCUUCACUCUUGCUGUUGCUACGGCUGUCACGAGUACCUCUGUUGAGCAACGACGACUUGAUCAAUAUCAUAAGUUAUACGGAUAAAAGGAACUCGUGGACGACUGGCUCAGCCGCUGGCCUGGCACAAAAAAUACUAGCAAGUCAUAUAUCCCGAAACGAUAUUACAGACUUCACCACGGGCCCGGUAUUGAGGGAUUUCGUCCCGAAGCAGUUGUCAUCAUUGCAUAGCUGUGGACCUCCACCGGUUAGGGACAUUGACGCUUCCCCUCCCGAAUCCCAGGAUAUCGUCAAGGGUCAUGAUAGAUUGGGUCCGGUUCUAAAGUGGGCAAUUGAAAAUUCCGAGGAAGCGUAUGUGGCAAGACACUGGCAUCUUUUUAUACCAGCAUUAGUGGCCCUCGCCGGAAACUGCAGGGGCUCAUUCAAAAUAAUGGGUCUUGAGGCCAUUAUUCUGUUCAUAAACAAGUGCCCAGCGACCACGAUAUACGCUACUGGAGUCGAUCGAGUUUUAGAGAGUGUCAUAAUGCCAAUGCUGCUUCUUGUCCCGCCCUUGAUUCCGGAGGAAGAGUCUGUAGUCGUUCUAAAUCUGGGAUAUCAGGCAAUUUUAAGCCUAGCCACCAAGAAUGCUGAUAUCCAUUGCUGUUCUAGAAGGCGCCUUCUCGAUACCGUCGUGCGAGACGGGAUCUUGGCUAGUCACCUUCAUGCAUUGGAGCGUACCUCCACUCUCAAAGCUCUACUGGAUAACACUGCAAAGGUGGUCGUUUGUCUAAACGUUUUCUCUGUCAAGCACCUCACGGACUUCCUUGAAGUUGUGGAUACUGUUAUGUGCGACCCCUUCUCUGCGGAGGACCCCUCGGUGUUGGUGUCAGCGAGUGAGGCCUUGGCUGCCCUCUUGCUCAAUUGCUGGCCAAGGAUUAAAAAGACUGCUCGAGAGGAACAGAUUAUCCGCAUGCUGUGCAUUUGCUGGAUGAACUUGAAGGACUAUACAUCAAGGCAAUCCUUAUCCUUCUCUUCUGAAAGUAAUUCUCGGGCCGCUGAACUUUCCCUUAUCAAAACCGCUUCUAUGAUGUGUUCAGUCAAGAAGGGAAGUGGCGCGUUAACCGACACGAGACUCCGGGCAGUUAUCGAUAGGGAACCUCGGCUCGGUAGUCUGUUCCUAUAA